CACGUUAAAAUGCCACAACAGGUUUUUCUGGUACAGCACAUUGAAACGGAGUUGGUUCAUUCCUCCAAACACGUUGCUUAGGUGUGGAAGCACCGCUCUUUUCUAAGAGCGCGCGGUUUCUCUUUAGCAGCACCCGGUAUGCCGCCGAAACGGGUAUUCGUUUGGCAAUACCAGCGCUAUCCGCUAGGUGCCGGCGCUUGCUAAGUCCAACGCGCCGGUUUCUCGUUCGCAAGGUGGUUAGCGCGGAGCCCUAGCGGGACAGUUUUCCGGUGGCAGCAACGCUCAUUUCCCGGAAACGGGUGGUUCUUGGCCCUUGCAGCGCUCUUUAAUACCUGCGUUCUGUAGCGCUAGUUGUCUGCAAGGUUUGCUUAGUGUCAUUUCAUUUCGGUUUCUUUUCUCGCUAUGUUUUUCUGUCGGGAUUACGGUUCGUUUUGGCUCUAUGUACUCUCUAAAAUGUUAUCGUUUUUCAUUUGUCUACUAAUUUUCGUGCAUUUGUUACUACUGAGUUUCUUAACAUCUGACUGGCCUCCGCCCACGGGCUCUGGAGAGCAUAAAUACUCAGGCUGAUGUUAGUGCGGCAGACUCUCCCUCCUUGAUCAGCGCAAACGUUGGUCUGAGGCUUAAGCGAUGGAGCAACAUUUUCUUGGCUGUGUGAAGCGGGCUUGGGAUGCCGCAGAGGUGGCGCCGGAGCCCCAGCCUCCACCUACUGUGAGUUCAGAAGAUCGUGGGCCGUGGCCUCUUCCUUUGUAUCCAGUACUGGGAGAGUACUCAUCGGACAGCUGUGAUUUGGGACUGCUUUCCAGUCCUUGCUGGCGGCUGCCCGGAGUCUACUGGCAAAACGGACUCUUGCCUGGAGUCCAGAGCACCUUGGAACCAAGUACAGCGAAGCCCACUGAGUUCAGUUGGCCGGGGACGCAGAAGCAGCAAGAGGCACCCGUAGAAGAGGUGGGGCAGGCAGAGGAACCCGACAGACUCAAGCUCCAGCAGCUUCCCUGGUGCAGGCCUCCCCAUCCCGGGGACAGACAGCAGGACACCGAGGUCUGUGACAGCGAGUGCCUUUUGGAACGCCGCCAUCCUCCUGCCCUCCGUCUGCGGCGCCACCUCCCGGGUUUCUCAGACUGCCUGGAGUGGAUUCUUCGCGUUGGUUUUGCCGCGUUCUCUCUACUCCGGGCGUGCUGCCCACGGAUCUGUGGAGCUAAGCAGCCUUAGAUAGCAGCAGAAGGCUUUUUGGAUUCUCCUCCUUGAAAAGAUUCUCAGCUACCAAACGUCUCCACCUAGAAAAUAAAAAUACGUUAAGAUGUGCUUUCA